AUGGUGACCGCCUGGCUCGUCCUGCUGAGCGCCUUGCAGGCGGCGCGGGGCUCCCCCGGGCCGCCGGCGGACGACGGGGCCCCCGUGGGGCCCCCAUGCGCCCGGGGAGGGCCGUCGUGCGACCCGCGCUGGCGCAGAGACGCGGGCGGGCGCGGCGGCGUCUACGAGCAUCUCGGCGGAGCGCCGCGGCGCAGGAAGCUCUACUGCGCCACCAAGUACCACCUCCAGAUCCACGCCAACGGCAGGAUCAACGGCACCUUGGAGAAGAACAGCGUCUUCAGCAUCCUCGAGAUUACUGCAGUGGACGUUGGAAUUGUUGCCAUCAAAGGCUGUUUCUCCGGCAGAUACCUGGCCAUGAACAAAAGAGGCAGACUUUAUGCUUCCGAAACCUACAAUGCUGAGUGUGAGUUUGUGGAAAGGAUUCACGAGCUAGGCUAUAAUACGUAUGCAUCCCGCAUAUACCGGACUGUGCCCAAUGGAGCCAGCGGUAGGCGCAAAGCUAGUGCUGAGAGACUCUGGUAUGUCUCCAUCAAUGGGAAAGGACGACCCAGAAGAAGCUUCAAAACCCGUCGGACCCAGAAAUCUUCUCUCUUUUUGCCGCGGGUGUUGGAUAACAAAGACCAUGAUAUGGUCCGACUAUUCCAUACAAAUGCUAAGUACAGAGAGAGCCUGCUAAAGCCUCCAAGCAAGAACCAGAGGAGACGCAGAGGACACUAA